AAGUGAUUUUACUUAAAGGAAAUUUUAUACGGUUGUAUUCUUCAGUCAAUUCUUCAUGACAUUAUUUAUUCGAAUAAUUGUAUAUGGAUGGCGAUCUGUUCAACGGGUGUAAAUCUUUAUAUCAUAACAAUCAUAACAUGUUAUAUGCUAUUUAUAUUAUCUGAGAAACAAUUAACUAAUAUUAAUAAUAAUAACAAUAAUUCAUAUCUAACUGAAGAACAAUAUCUGUUAGAAGUGAUUAAUAAUAAACAUAUUAGUAAUAAAUCUAUUCCAACUAGAUUAUAUAUAAUGAAUAAUAGAAAACGUUCUAUAAAAACAAUGAAUGAUUACAUGAAUAUAAGUAAUAAACAAUCAUUUAGAAUAAAAUCUAAUGAUUACAUAAUUGAAAAUAAUCAAUUACAACAUAAUAAACAAAUGGAUAAACAAAAAAUCUAUCAUCAAUCUAAUCCAUAUUUUAGUACAUAUAAAUCUAAUUUAUCAUUAAUGAAUUUAACAUUACAAACAAAAUCAUUGUCAAAUAUAUUUACAAAUCAUUUAAAACAAUCAUAUAAUUCUCAUUCUAGAUUAACAAAAAAAUUAACAUCUUCAUUAUUAUCGAAUAAAUCUGAUAUAGAUGAACCAUAUUUUGAUCCAAAUCAAUCUGUAUAUAUAACUUCAGUGAUAAAUACUACAGCUAUAAUUCCUUGUAAAGUAAAAAAUAUUGAUUUUUCUUCAACUGUUAUGUCAUGGUGGAAAGAGGAUUUGCCGACGCCACUGACAGUAGGUAAUGAAAUAUCACUUCCUCGUUAUGAAAUUGAUCGUACCGAUCCUGGGUCUUGGACACUGAUGAUUUUUCAUGUUACUGAAGCUGACGGUGGAACAUAUAUUUGUCAAAUUAAUCUAGCCACCAUAAAAGAGAAAUUUUUCUACCUCAAAGUUAUUGCUCAGAAGAAUGAACCGGAUAUGACAAAAUUAAAUGAUGAAUAUGUCAAAGAUGAAAUAGUACAAAAUACAUUAUGGAGAACAUCAAGUAAACAGAAAAGUGUUCAUAUCUUUAAUAAUCCUGGUCAAAAUCAUUACUUAACAUGUCUUGUUCAAUUUCAACAUCCAAUUACAACAUCAUCUAUUCAUUGGUAUUAUAAUGGAAAUAGAAUAUAUCCGAAAUUAGAAAACAAUUAUUUAAAAAUAAAAGAAUUAUACUUAGAUAUACAAACUAAAUGGAUUAAUCGAACAACACAAAUGAGUAGAUUAAAAAUUGGACGAUUAACAAAAAAUAAUUCAGGCAUUUGGACUUGUCGUAAAGUUCCUGGGACUAAUUUAGAAUCAUUAGAAGAGAGUUCAUUGGAUUUACAGAAAAUAAGUAUGUGAUUUCUUGUUAUAUAGUUUAUUAUGCUUAGUUAUUUUAUGUUUUAUAUUUGUAUCGAAAUUUUUACCUUUAAGUAUGUAUAUGAAGAUUCAUUUCUAUUCAUUAUUAAUUAAAUAUUUAACAAUUUUAGUGUUUUUCAAGACAAAAAUGUGUCUGAUGAGAUAUCAUCGAAAAUAAGGUAAGAUUAAACGAAUUAUUUUACUUCUAAAAUCUUUCAACUGAGAAUAAUCAUACAUAACUAACUUAUAAUAAAUAAAGCAUAUAUCUUGAUUGCUUUUAACAGAGCCAAAUCACUGAGUAGUUUCAAAGACUUAUAUCUAUUUAUUUAUAACAACCGAACUUCAAGUAUCACUUGCUUUCGAUGUCAACAAAAACUAAUAUCAUUAUAUACUGUUACUUUUAAAAAUUUAAGUUUGAGAACCACAGGAGAUUGAAAAGAACAAUCAUACAUAUCAACUAUUUUAGUUUAGUGAAAUAACGACAAUUCAUAUUAAUCAUAUAAAAAAUAGAAAAGAUGGUUAUUGGAGAAACCUUAGACCUAGAUUUCAUGCUGUUUGACAGUCGUUAGCAAGGUGUACCUGUAAUGUUAAGCGAAAUGAUGCUUCCUGACGGAUUAGAUCCCGUGUCAUGCAGUUUUACAGUCACAAACAUUACUACUAGGCUAUCCGGACCACGACUGACCUGACAUUGAUCACCACCCAAUGAUCAAAGAAUUGUAAAUACAUCUGAAUCAAACAGAAAGUCAUUCGAGUCCCGGAUAGCUCAGUGGUAACGUCUGUGACUGUUUAUCAAGGUGACACAGGAUCAAAUCCGUCAGAGAGCAUCAAUUCCCUCAAGAAUAAUAUAGGUAAAUCUUACUGACGAAUGCCAAGUAGCAUGGAAUCUAGAUCCACGGUUUCCUGUAAACGACCUCCAAUCAUCAUCUUAUCCCAACAUAAUGCACAUAAUAUCAAGUCACCUAGACUAGUAGCCACAUUACAACUUGGUCGAUAAAAUUUGAUCUGCACUAAAAAGUAUCCGACACAUAUGACACUGAUCACUACCCAAUGAUUGAUCAAAUGUAUUUAUAUAAAGUAGAUUUUUAUAAAAUUUUAAUUUUACAAAUAAUUAUAAGUUUGGAUCAUGAACCGACUGAUGUUAGACCACUAUUGAAAACCUAGAAGCACUGAACGGCCGUCUCGUUCUAUCGUGGGACUUCUCAGCAGUGCGCAUCCACAAUCCCGCUCGCGGGAUUCGAACCUAGGGCCUUCAGUCUCGCGCGCAAACGCUUAACAUACUGUACCACUGAGCCGGCAUCCAAUGGUGUUAAUGUCAAUCAAUCCAAGAAGUUGCGCAACCAUAUUCCAUUGUACUGAGGUGAACACUUGUUUCUACCUGAUACGGAUUAGCUCCACUGGUCACGGAUUCCGGGUUUUCAAUGGUGGUCUAACAUCAAUCGUAUAGUGAUCUCAAUCAAAACUUAGCAUUUUUCACAACCUCUAUACUGAUAAUUAAUUUUUACUCAUUUUUAUCCGUUUUUUUAAAAUUAUUUUUAGAUAUUAAAACUGAACCUAAAGAAUUGUAUGAUUCAUUCAAUGAUGAUACUGGCAAAUCGUUAAAGACAAGAUUAUUACCUUUUCAUAUUUAUACUUAUUUCAUGUAUUUUUACAUUUUUUUAUUCCAUAUUGUAUUCUUCUAAUGUAUAGAUUUCUUUCUUUCUUUCUUUCAAAUAUGAAUUAUUAUCAAAUUCAAUACAUUUUUUUAAUUCAUAAAAUUAAAAAGAAGAAAAGAAAAAAACUACACUUUUAAUUUCACCCUUAUACCGGGUAUCAAUAAAUGUUAUAUUGAUGGUUUUAUGCAUUGAUUUGGAUAAAUUUUGUUAUCAGUUGUUGUUUUGUUUUUGUUGUGUGUUUUUUCUUAUUUUUUUUUCUUUUUGGUUCACUAAUAGAGUGAUAUCAAGGAAUAUAAUUAUGAAACAAAUUGGUAGGAAACUGAAUCAAAAUUAAAUUUGUAAAUAAAUGUAUAAAUAUACAAAUAUAUAUAUUUAUAUAAAUGAAUUGUCUCAAGGUAUUUAUUUGUUAUUUUCUCGUUGCCUUGUAAACUUAGAAUUACCAUAGUGAAAAUAUAUUCUACCAGUAAUACACUGGCGACAGUUGAACUA